AUGAGUUUUUCAAUCAUCCUUAUAGCAAGUUUAUAUGCAUUACUAACAACAACAACUCCAUCAACAGCAGAAACGAAAUGGGAAGAGAAUCCGGGAACAAUAGAAGGUGAUAUCAGGCUUCAUGAAAAACCAACGCGUGGAGUCGCAACUCGUGAUAGAGGUGCACGUUGGACAAAUGGAAUUGUUCCCUAUCAAUUUUUACCCGGAUAUACGACUGAACAACAAGCAAAGAUUAUUAGUGCAAUGCGAAGAUUGGAAAGUACAACAGCUACUAAUACUUUUCGUUGUAUUCAAUUUCGACCCAAAGAGCCAUCUGAUCAGUAUUACAUCACAAUUAUAAAUGGAUUGGGUUGCUGGUCUUAUAUUGGACGACCUUACAUUCCUAAUUACAAUCAUACAGUUAUAUUAAAUAGUUCUGGUUGUCUUGAUGAUGGACGAAUAAUGCAUGAAUUUAUGCAUACAUUAGGUUUCUGGCAUGAACAAUCACGUCCCGAUCGUGAUUCAUAUGUACGAAUCUAUCCGGAAAAUAUACAAGUUGACAUGGAAAGCUAUUUUCAGAAGAAGGAUAAUACAGAAGUUGACACUCAGAAUACACUGUACGAUUAUGACUCCUUAAUGCACUACCCACGUUAUGCAUUUUCUAAAAAUGGUUUACCAACAAUUGAAGCAAUUCAACCAAAUGUUAUGAUCGGACAGCGUCUUUAUCUAAGCCCAACUGAUAUUCGAGAAAUUCAACUCUACUAUAAUUGUACAGGAAGUGGAUCCACAUCACCACCAACCACAACAGUUAUUACGCCUACAACAAGUAAGAAUAUAAUAACUGAAUUAUAA